AUGUCUCUCCCAACAGUCUACGUCGUCGCUGCUACAGGCACCCAAGGCUCAGCAGCAUGUCGCCACCUCCGCCAAUCAAACUGGUCCGUCCGCGCUACAGUGCGAAACACUGAAUCCCCCCAAGCACAAGCUCUCGCUAAGAGCGGCGUUGUGCUAAACGCUGGCGACUGGGACGACGAAGAGGCCCUUACUGCUGGUCUUACAGGCUGCAAUAAGCUGUUCCUCGCUCUUGGGCCCAACUAUAGCAAUCUUGAUGAUGAGCGCAUCUGGGCUCAGAGAAUCAUUGCACUGGCUAAAAAGGCGGGCGUUGAACAUGUCGUGUACUCGAGCUCCAUUAGCGCCGAUGCUCCUGAGAAGCGCACGCUUCUUCGUCCCGGUCACUUGCUCUUUAAGAGCCUCUUUGUCAAAAAUGUUAUUGAAGGUCUUGUUCAACGCGCUGGAUUCAAGCAUUGGACUAUCAUCCGUCCAGGAUUCUUCAUGUCCAAUCUUCUCGCUCCAAAAGCUCGGAUCUACAGCGACUUGUUCGAGCGCAACACCUGGUUGACCGCCCUGAAGCCCGACACCAAGCUCAACCUCGUUGACCCGCAAGAUAUCGCUAAAUUCGCCUUCGCCGCCUUUAACGAGCCUGAAAAAUUUCACGAGGAAGAAAUCGAUCUUGUCAGCGAGAGGUUGACAGCCGUGCAGAUGAUGGAGAGUCUGGCCGAUGCCACUGGGCGAGAAAUGAAGGCUGAGUUCUACACUGAUGAGCAAGUGGCUCAGGCUAUAGAGACCAAUCCGUUUAUUGGAUCGCAGGUGUUUCUGAGGGAUGGGGAGAAAUGUGUCGAUGCUGAGAGGGUCAAGACUUGGGGGAUUGAAUUAGGUAGUUUCAAGGAGUUUUUGGUCCGCGAGAAGGAUGCUGUGGCUGAGACAUACGCCCUGUAG